CUAUCUUGACGAUUCUGAUUCUUCUGUGAGAGCAACAGUAAGUACAUACAAGUGAGCAGCUGAAGGACUGACCUAUCAGCUCGGUAAUUAUGCCUUUCUUUGUUGGGAAGAAUCCAGAGACUAAUGAAGAAUGCCAAAUUGAGUUCAACCACACUGCUUCAUUAGAGGAUGCUAAGACACAGAUCUGUGACAGACUAGGAUUGGAGUCUAAGAAAUACAACCUCGUGUACAGAGGCGAAAUACUUCUAUACCACAAGAGUCUCCAAGAGCUUGACCUGGCUGAUGAUCCUAGACCGGUCCUGUGUGUUACACGCAUUAUCAAGCCUGCUAAACCGAUUAGUGCCUUUAGCCUACUUGGUUUGCCUGGCCUUGGCUCGGGAGUAGCCUCUGGAACUGUGCCCGAUACUGAAAAUGAAGAGGAGUCAAAACUGCCACACCCCCUCCCCAAAUACACAGAGGCAGGCCUGCUGGACGACCCUCGAAAUUUCUCCAUUGCUAAGAACUCGUCGUUUGCCUAUAGGGUUCAUGCAAUGACUCGUAACGACUACAGCCAAGAAGAUGGCGAGAAGCUCACGGAAAAUAUUACUAGUGAUAUACAGAGGAUUGUGGAUAGUCUGACCUACGAUGAGCUGGAGCAAUUAGCCACCGAGUGUCUGCAGAUCAACCAUUUGAGAAUGGAGAGCCUUCGCAGCCAGUACUAUAGUAGUUAUGAGAACAAAGCAUCAUAGCUAGGUCAUUUGUUGAUUUUGAAAGUGUAUAUACAUAUACUUCAUGUCAUUUGCAGUUUGCAAGGCAUGCCUUAAAA